GUUUCUCGGGUGGCAACAUUGCCUCCCACGUGAUGCGGCUCAACCUUCACAUCGAAUCCAGCGAGUCCCAUGCUUUCUCCCGCACCCUCCCCAACCCACAGCGCGAGUCCUGUCACCCUAGAAGUUCGCUCAAGUUAAUACCACGAUGUCGGCAACGGAUGACCCAUUUGCCUGUCGGCUUUCCUUCACAAAGCUUCUUUCCCGGCUAAAUGCCUCCGCCGGAGCUUCAAAGCAAUGCGCUCAAUUCGCUCUCCGAAACCGCGAACUGGAUGAGGACUUAUUCAGCGUGAUACUCGAGCAACUUCAAUCGGUACUUCAGCCCUAUCAAUCUAAAGAAAGCAUACUAACAGCAGAAACUAGGAGGAUGUCACAAUGAAUACUCGCGUCAACAUGCUCUACUUUAUAGAGGUCCUAUGCGAUCACUCCUUGAAAGCUGACUAUGGUGGCUACACCGACAUGAUUCGACGGGACAUUCUGCAGGUAGUCGAUGCUGUUGUUCCGAAUAAUUCUGAGGGAGCAGCAAAUGUCGGUACUGUUAGGAAAGUUAUGCAGAAUCUACAGGGUAAGGGGUUUGUGAAUGAAAUUUCUAUGGAGGAGAUCACUGCUCUAUUAGCAGAGAGGGAAAGGGAGCACAGGUAGCUCUUGGGAUUCUAGUGAGGAUUAGGAUUAUAUGCUGAGAGUUGGUAGGGGAUCCGUUGCCUCGCCAGAAGAGAGUGUUUACGAUGACGACGACGAAGAACCCGGCAACGAGGGUAAGGAUAUUAAACGCAAGCUUGAUGAUUCGAUUAUACAGCAGCGGAUGGAAGAGGAUAGAGAACGGGUAUGUAGAUACCAUUGGUUUGGGAAAUUGGCUACCCCCUGUGCUAACUGUGAGACAGCAUAAACGACUUAGAGAAAAUAUCUGGGCCAUUCCACCGCCGAGCGAUGGCCUUCCGAAUCCCGAAUUUGAAAAGGCGUGGGAUCAGGUUAGCGACCUCAAUGAGGAUGACUAUGAGAUCAUGAGGGAAGAGAAUCAGAUACUGGCAGCAUCGGUUGUAUGACCUCGUGGAUGUUCAGGUAUAGGUUCAUAAAAGGCUGGCGUUCCGGGAUUUCGUACUGUUCGAAAGGGCAUUUUCAAUACCUCCAAUGUCCAUAACAUUGCAACUCUGUAAAAUAGUUUAUACAGGUGUAAGAAAAAGGGUUUGUAAAGAUGCAUUUUUUACAGAGACCGUGAAUCCUAUCUCGUGAUUCAUCUAAAUAUACAUACUCCCCACGCAAUAAUUUCCACAAGGUAUGUCGCCGGGAAUUAUACCGGUAUAUCCCCCCACUCUAAGGACCCCCUAAUCUUCCUUACUCCAAAGCAGCCACAGCACCUAGGUCCUUUAGAGUCUUCUGUAUCUUCUCCGCUUCCUCCUUGACAAGACCCUCCUUCAGCAUCUUCGGCACGCUUUCCACAAACUUCUUCGAAUCCACCAGCGACAGUCCCAGCAAACCCUUAACUUCCUUGAUGAUCUUCGGCUUGGCACCGGGCCCGAAGGACAUGAGCUUGACAUUGAACAUUGUCUUCUCUUGUACCGGUUCGGCCGCAGCCUCUUCUUCUGCAGCGGCAGCGGGCGCAGCGAUUGCCGGACCUGCGCUAAAUGAUUGGAGAGCGACAUCGGGGAUAUUCAAGCGGGACUAGUAUAACAAGAUUAUGCAUUAAUGCGAGUGUCGGAACAGGUGAAGAUACGGGAGCGACGAACGAACCUUCAGGAGAGAGACCAAAUCUGCCGUCUCCAUGAGAGUCAAGCCGGAGAUCUGGUCGACGAUCCCGGAAAUCUUAGGAUUUGUGGUGGUGGUGGUGGAAUUCCAUCGUCGGGCGGGAGUGUAAACUACCGGUUGGGAAAGUCUCAGGCUGAAGGAGGAAGGGCGCACUACUCUGGCACAACAUCUCGAUGCGAGGGCCAUUUGUGUUUUUUUUCGGGGGUGUGUGGUUUUCGCCGAACUGAAAUUAGGGAUGAU